AUGGGAGACGAGAUGGAUGCCAUGAUCCCCGAGCGGGAGAUGAAGGAAAUUCGGCGCCUUCAUCAAUACGUGAAAUUUGCUGUCCAAGAUGUGAACGAUGUGCUAGACUUGGAAUGGGAUCGGCAUCUGGAACAAAAGAGAAAACAAAAGCGCUUGCUUGUGCCAGAGCGAGAGACAUUGUUUAACACCCUAGCGAACAACCGGGAAAUCAUCAACCAGCAGAGGAAGAGGUUGAAUCACCUAGUGGACAGUCUCCAGCAGCUCCGUCUCUAUAACCAAACCUCCCAGUGGAGCCUUCCCUCGGAUGUCACCUCCCAGAGCGGCACUCAUGGUUUUGACAGUGACCUCGAAAGUCUCCGUAAUGCUUUAUUGAAAACCACCAUAGAAUCUCACACCAAGCCCUUGUCCAGAGUGCCAGCUAAACUGUCACCCGUGAAACAGGCACAGCUGAGAAACUUCUUGGCCAAGAGGAAGACUCCCCCAGUGAGAUCCACUGCUCCAGCCAGCCUGUCCCGGUCAGCCUUCCUGUCUCAGAGAUACUAUGAAGACUUGGACGAAGCCAGCUCCACGUCGUCCGUGUCCCAGUCUUUGGAGAGCGAAGACGCACGGGCGUCCUGUAAAGACGACACGGUGGCGCAGGUCCCGCGGCACGCGCCUGUGGCACGCACCCCUUCCAUCCAGCCUGGUGUCUUGCCGCAAGCAAUGCCUUUCGCUAAAUCUCACCUGAUUCAUGGUUCGCCUGGCGUGCUGGGGAUGUCCAUGUCGACAUCUGCUAGCAAAAUUAUUCCUCAAGGGGCUGAUAGCACAAUGCUUGCAACAAAAACCGUGAAACAUGGCGCCCCCGGUCCUUCGCACAGCCUCUCGGCCCCCCAGGCGGCUGCCGCUGCAGCACUGAGACGUCAGAUGGCCAGCCAGGCCCCAGCUGUAAGUACUUUGACUGAAUCAACUCUGAAGAAUGUCCCUCAAGUGGUAAAUGUGCAGGAACUGAAGAAUAACCCUACAGCCACCUCUGCAGCGAUGGGGUAUGUUACUACUUGGAGGCCAGGGGCAGCCAAGAUAGAAACAGCUGUGACUUCUCCCCCGCCUGCUGCUGGGCAGCUCAGCAAGUCUUUCUCAUUUUCUCCGGCAGGGACUGGCUUUAAUUUUGGGAUAAUCACACCAACCCCGUCUUCUAACGUCACUGCCACACAAGGGACAGCACCCCCCGCUAAAGAGUCACAGCAGCUCGACGCGUUCUCAUUUGGCGGGGGAGGCAAACCCUUUUACGAGCCUGUGGCUGAGAGCUCGCCCCUGUCGGGGAUGACAGCGCCACCCAGCGCCGGAGCCUCUCCUGCCGAGCCUGCGCCUUCCAGCAGCCGACCCGCAGCACCUUCUGGAAUUGCUCUUUCUAACUCCUCUAGCAAGCUGGAAACUCCACCAUCCAAGUUGGGAGAGCUUCUGUUUCCAGGUUCUUUGGCCGGAGAGACCCUGGGAAGUUUCUCGGGACUGCGCGUCGGCCAAGCAGAUGAUUCCACAAAGCCAGCCAUUAAGGCUUCAUCCACAAGCCUGACUAGUGCACAGCCGACCAAGACUUCAACCGUCCCCUCGGGGUUUAGUUUUACUGGGCCUCCCGUGUUAGGGAAGCACGCAGAGCCCCCUGUGACCUCCUCUGUGACCGCCUCCACAGGGGCACCGGCAGCAGUGAGCCCAAGCGCUAGCACUUCCUCGCCUGGCAUCUUUGGCAGUCUGCCCCUCCCCAGCGCGGGAUCCUCCGGGGUGAUCGGUUUCAGUGGGAUGGCCCCAAGUGGUAGCAAGACGAGUUUUUCCUUUGGAAGCCAACAGACGAGUAGUACAGUACCCCCAUCCGCCCCUCCGUCGGCGACAACUGCCGCUCCCCUUCCUACCUCGUUCCCCACCUUGUCAUUUGGUAGCCUCCUGAGUUCAGCAUCCGCUCCCACCCUGCCUAUGUCCUCUGGUAAAAGCACAGAGGAGGCCACGUCCUCAGCUUCGCCUGAGAAGCCAGACAGCAGUGAGGCCUCAGCAUCAACAGCCUCACUCCUGGGGCAGCACCAGUCAGCCCCGCUUCCCCCAGCUCCUCUGCAGACUUCUGACUCCGGGAAGAAAGAAGCUGCCCUCGCGCAGCCUGCGGUUAGCAGCGCCGGCCCUGCCGCGUCCAGUUCCAGUCUCGUGGCACCCGGUGCAGAGGCCACUCCAGCAGCCCCCGCGGUCCCUGAUGUCAAGACGGAGCCGGCAGCUCCUGCUUCCACGCUCUCGGCGCCCGGGCAGCCCGCUGUCACGGCAGCGACGACCCCAGGCACGGUCCCCGUGGCCCUUGAAACCCCAGGUCCCCCCACGACCUCCAGUUCUGUUGCCAGCGUUGCUCCGAGCCUGGCGACGGAGACGGUGGCGUUUGGGACCGCCACUUCGGGCUCCUCUGUCUUCGCUCAGCCACCUGCUGCUAGCUCUAGCUCAGCUUUCAGUCAGCUCCCCAGCAGCACGGCCACCGCCCCCUCGGCUGCCCCCAUGUUUGGGCAGGUGGCGGCCAGCACCGCACCGAGCCUGUUUGCGCAGCAGACGGGCAGCAUAGCCAGCUCGGCGGCCGCCACGCCGCCGGUCAGCAGCUCGGGCUUCGGCAGCCCCGCCUUCGGCACCUCGGCCCCCGGGGUCUUUGGACAGGCGUCGUUUGGGCAGGCCCCGGCCUUUGGGCAGUCAACAAGCAGCCCCACGAGCGGCUUUUCCUUCAGUCAGCCUGGGUUCAGCUCUGUGCCUGCUUUUGGGCAGCCCGUGUCCUCCACCUCCACGUCUGCCAGUGGGAACGUCUUUGGUGCCUCUUCGAGCGCCAGUAGCUCCAGCGCCUUCUCAUUCGGACAGUCUUCUGCCAGCACAGGAGGGGUGCUGUUUGGCCAAAGCAACCCUCCUGCGUUUGGGCAGGGUCCCGGCUUUGGGCAGGGAGGCUCUGUGUUUGGUGGCACCUCAGCCACCACCACGACAGCAUCAUCAUCUGGGUUUAGCUUUUGUCAAGCUUCAGGUAAGAAUUCACGGAAGACUUCCUUUGUUCUCCUCUGCAUUGUUUGAAAUGUUUGCAAAAGUCCUAUAUUACUUUCAAAUUAAAGGAAAGGAAGGGAAAACAAAAGAGAGACUCCAAAUUCAAGAA